AUGAACCAAUUUGCCUUGAUGAGAGACUCUGCAAGGAUUCACAAUGAUCCACCAAAGCCAGUGUUGCAAACGAACAAUGACGAGUCAUCUGACUUGCAGGAUGUUGAGAAGCCAAAAGAGGGAGAAGAAGAAAAACAAAAUCAUGGCAAACAACAAGUUCCAACUGCUGCCAACAGCAACGGUCCGAAAGAAGUCAUGGAUGAAACAGCUACCGCAAAGAAUAUCCGAGGAGGAGCCAAGGAAGAGACAGCUGCUGUCAAGAACGGCCAGGAGGGAGACGAGGGAAAUGCUGCUGCCAAGAAGGAGCGCCGUGACACACCGGUACCGUGGCAAUGGGCUUGGGUGCCGUACCUACUUUAUCUGGCUCUGGGUCCUCCUCAUGCAUUUCCAAAGGAAGCAAAACAUUUUCUUGCGAUGCAAAUAACAACCGGAGCACUGGAGAGGGGGCACAAAGUGCUUGCCCUCCUGUGCCUUUGGGUUUGGUGGGGACCAAUGGUUCUCUGA